AAAGAUUUGUUUUAUCAGUUUGUGUUUAAUCUUAAGUGGGACAAGAUGAGACUUUUGCUAUGCGCAACAAUUUUGAUAGCUUUUUUAGCAACAAGCAUUCAUGCAGCUGCCUCUGUUGGAAAAUUUUCUGAUCCAAAACAUCCCGGUAAAUGUGUAAUCGAUGGCAACGUAAUGUCACCCGGUGAAAAAUUGCAACCUUCUGGUACCUGUGCUGAAUUGGUGUGCCACGAUGAAGAAGGAAAUGGAAGCAUUACCGAUUGUGGUGUAAUAGGUGCACCACCAAAUUGUCGGGUAGCUGAUUUUGAUACAAGUAAACCGCAUCCCAGUUGUUGUCAAAGAGACAUAAUAUGUGAUUGAAAAACCAUGAAACUCAAGUCGAAUGUAAAUAAAGAAAUAUAUAUAAGACCCCUAUGUGGGAAUAUAUAGAAUAUUAUGAAUUAAUUGUGUUAAGAUAUAUCAAAUAUCUUUAUAAAUAUUUUAAAUUGAUUUUAAGUGAAUAAAAUUGUUCAUUAUGCAUAAAAGUAGCGAGAGAUUUAUCUCUGUUUCUCAAUAAAAGUGUCAAAAAGGUUAUCGAA